UCGUUGAGUCGCAUCUCAUCAAAUCUUUUAGAAUCUCGCCGUAGUGCACAGACCUGAGACUUUACUUAUUCGUGGCUGCUGUUUAAUUAGCUGAAAGUGAAGAUGAAAUCUCUGAGUUUGCUUCUGCUGCUCAGCUUUGUUCUAACUGUCGUUUGGCUUGGCCAGAGCGAGGCCAACUUUUGCCCCUGCAACCUCAACGAAAAGGUUCAGCUCUGCGGCUCGAAUGGCAUUACCUAUACGAAUCGUUGUGAAUUUGAAUGUACACAGCGAGAAUACAGGGGACUGGGUCGUCAGCUCAGCAUACGGAAGAUGGGACCUUGCUAAGGUGGCGCCAGCAUCUACGGUUAUAUUUUCCUAUUGAACGUAUAUAAUAUAUUUA